AUGGGUAUCACCGGAUUAAUCCCAUUCCUGGAAAAAGCCUCCAGAAGGGCAAAUGUUAGUGAGUUUAGUGGCUGUACCGUUGCAAUAGAUUCGUACUGUUGGUUACACAAAGGCGCCUUUGCUUGUGCGGAUAAAUUGGUACAAGGAGUGGAUACAGAUGUUUAUGUGAAAUACUGUAUAAAAUAUGUAUCAAUGCUGCUUUCUAAAAAUAUUAAGCCAAUAUUGGUGUUUGAUGGUCGUCACCUUCCAGCUAAAGCAAUGACUGAAUCGAAGAGGAGAGAAUCUCGACACAUAUCUAAAAAGAGAGCAGCAGAAUUACUUAGUUUGGGAAAGAUGGAUGAAGCGCGUUCAUACAUGCGCCGGAGUGUGGACGUUACUCACGAGAUGGCGCUGGCGCUUAUCAAAGAGUGCAGAAACCGUAAUGUGGAUUGCAUUGUAGCACCCUAUGAGGCUGACGCGCAACUUGCUUACCUUAAUAUUAAGAAUAUUGCACAGUUAGUUAUCACUGAGGACUCUGAUUUAAUUUUGUUUGGAUGCACUAAGGUGCUUUUCAAAAUGGACCUUGAUGGGACGGGGACUUUAGUAGAGACAGUAAAAUUGCCGUUAGUAAUGAAAUGUGCCAUAGAAAAUUAUACAUUUGACAAGUUCAGACAAAUGUGCAUCAUGUCUGGAUGUGACUAUUUACCAUCAUUGCCUGGCAUAGGUCUGGCUAAAGCACGACAGUUUGUGGUUGCGACACAGGACUCUAAUUUUGCCAAUGCUCUAAGAAAAUUGCCAAGUUUUUUUAACCGAUCAAAUCUCGUAGUAACAGAUGAGUACAGGGAGAGCUUUCUCAAAGCAGAGGCGACAUUCAAGCAUCAAUAUGUUUAUGAUCCCUUGGAGAGGAAGAUGGUGCGGUUAACAGAGCCAGAUGAUGAAGAUAUUGAACGGGCAUUGUGCGUCAAUGCCGGUGAACUGCUGGACCCCAAAGUUGCAUAUCAAUUAGCACUUGGGAAUUUGGACCCAUUUAGCUUGAAGAAAAUGGACGACUGGGAUCCGGAUAAUCGCAAAAAUGGGAUAAGUAAUAUUAAAACAGAAAGCUGGAAUGAGAAAGGAGCUUCUAAUCAUCCCAGUGUAUGGAACGUAGAGUUUAAACAAUACCUGGAUGAAACAACCCCUUGGUUGAAGAAGAAGAAAAAAUCCGAGCCCAUUAUAGCAGUUCCUCAGACAAGAGUGAGAAAGAAAGUUGUGAAUUUAGUUAGUAAACAUGUGCCAGAGACUCAAGAUGACAGUUUAACAAUAGAAUCAUUAAGCAAUAUGUACUGUGUAGGACCAGUGGCUAAAAAACAAAGAGUAAAUGAUAUUGUACCUGAUAGUGAAACAUAUACACAAAGUCAAAAUGUACAUAAUAUAGCUUUAACUGAAGACGAAAUUUCAAAUGAAUUGUCAGUUGAAAAAGAAAAAUCACCAAUACUAGAAAAUAAAGAAAGGUCGUUUAGAAAAUGCCUUAAGAGUGGCAGCUUUUCUGUGUUAAAAAAGCUUAGUAAAUUUCCUAGGACAAUUUUGGGUGACAAUGUCAUCGAAAGCAAGUUUUUUAGUUCAGCAUCCAGUAGUGAUAUUUCAGCAAAUUCUCCAAUAAAAUCAGACACUUCAAAACAUAAUGUAACUAUAGAAGAAUCUCCAGAUAAAAGAAGUGUUAACCCCUUUAAGUUGUCAACAUUGGACACCUUAAAUAAUGCACUUGAAAUAGACACACAGUGCUCGGAAAUUCCAGAUUCGCAGUUAGAUAACUCUCAGAAAGAAAACUCUCCUUUUAAUAGUCCAAUGAAAUGUAGGAAAAGUCCAAUUUUAGAGCCGAGUCCAAGAAAUAGGAAUCCAUUCAAAGUGAGGGCUGAUUCCCAGUUAACGAAUUAUCCAUCAAGUCAAGAUUCUGUGAUAGAUAACACAUAUCCUAUGGAGACUUUGGUGACACCAGUCGAUUCACAGGUUUCUUUCGGCGAUUCUCCCCCGAAGCCUUUAUCUUCAUCACAAUCACUUUUAGAUAAAUAUAGGUUAAAUAGUAAUGAAAAUAAAAAUUAUUUUAAGAAAGGCACGUGUAAAGUGCCAGGAUUAAAAAGGACCGCAUCGUUACCGAGCAACCAGCCGACGUUGUUGAGUAAAUUUGGAUUUCAGAAGAAACCUGUUUUGAAGAAAUAA